ACUGUCCCGAGAUGUCAGCCCUCCCACACAUUGCCAGUGCGAGGUUAGGGACGUGUCAUGUUUGUUGUGGCCAGGAUACCUGCUGUAGUCCCGCAAUCCGAUCUAUGUUUUUGGAGGUUUUGGGUGGGAGAAUGUCACUUUAUGGCACCUGUGAACGCCUGCGUGCGCACCGUAGCCCUUUUCCCCGGCGAGUAGCCCACAAUGUGCCGUAGACGAUGCGAGAGUAUGGAACAGAUGGCGAGUGAUUUUCCAACAACAAAUGUACAACGGGUUGUCGAAAUAUGCAUAGCCGAGGCUACUACACACACGCGAUGAGAUUUGCCUUAUGAUUUUCACCCUAUACGAUGCGUUACAUCAACUUCGCCGUCACAAAACAUCCUAUUCUUUAUGCGCAAUCUCAUUGAAUCAGAUAAAUAGUUGUCAUUAAUAAGGUUGCAAAAUCAUCGCCGCUGUCUCGAACGCAUUUAGUAGGCCUAUAAACGGCUCCAAAUUCUAUCCGAGGUUCAACAAAAAGUAUAGGCUACAGUCGAGCUGCGAGUCGACUGGAAGCUAAAGGCUUGCACUGGCGUAGAACAAUACAGCUGAAUUUGGCAGUGGAUGCACAAUGCUGUAUUUUCGUAUUGAUGGCAGUGGAAUGGUCGAAGGUCCGGCGCAAGGCCUUUUUCGCUCGUUAGCUUGUACAGCUCUUCGUAUGUAAUGUUGUUUACUCGAAUAGGCGUUUGUGAGCAUGUGUAUGUAUGCGUGUGUGUGUUAUUCAGUAAUAAAUGCAGAACCGCCUCACUCUAAUCAAGCUGAUUAAAAAUUCCUGCGCGCACAGCCGGAAAUCGCACCAUCCUCUCUGUUUUCUCCGCACUUUUGAGUUUAUUUUCGAGUCCUUCCUCCACCAGGACAUCGCCUGUCACGGGAGACGGUCUCGAUCGACUUGAAAUCCAUCCCAAACCUGCUUGUUACGGGUGUAUUUUCUUUUGAAAUGAGGAGGAAAAGGAAAGCAGAGGCAGCGCCAGCACCAGCGAGCGGAGUGAUGAGUCAAUACAACUAAUAAUUUAAUGGGGACACAGGAAAGGAAGAAAGAAAGGAGAGCUCCGUCCGGGCACAAUUUAAACGAACUGAAAACAGUACAACCCAUGGAACUGUUAUGCAUCUAUGUAUGCCUUAAUCUGCUUCGAUGUCGCAAAGUAAAUCGUACUUUUAACCUGUUUGGGUCCGCAGAUCGUAGCUACGUCGUCUCUCCAUGAGAACCAGAUUAUUGUCGCUUCAUGAUCUCCCGGACAGUCGCGAGGCUAAAUUAAUUGUACGCCCUUUUAUUUUACAUGCUGACAUUCCCCUUGCAUAUCAGAGGGCUUGUCGCUUGUGACUGCAUGCAGCAAUGGUUACUUUUAUUUUCGACGUGUUGUGUAGCCAACGUAAGAACGCCGUAUAGUCCUGGUGGGUUUGGAGACACUAAACUCGCUGCACUUGUAACCGAUACCCUACUAUGCUGUUGACAGCGAUAACUUUCUUUUUGAAGGGGUUAAUAUUCCUUUGACACGGCGAAAGAAAUCCGACAACUUGGUAGGAUACCAACAACUGCUUUUUGGAUAGUCUUGAAUUGACCAUAGCCUUGGCUGACGGCUUUUGGUUAAUCCGUAUCGUUGGAUGUUGUAUUGAAUGUUGGGUUGUCACUUGUUUUGGAUGCUAUGCGAAUCGCCUCUCUGCCGUCAAGAAGAAGUCGGGUUUUUUUGCAACAGGACUGUAGAUACCUGCUAAUAAGUCAGUCAUAGAGAGCAUCAGACAUUGAAGUUGUCAUUCUCCUUACAAAACUUGAAGACACUUUUCAACCCGACGACUUUAUAUGCUUUCGACUUCUGAAGUGCAGACUUGCAGGUGAUAGCAAGCAGAGGCGCUGAGAGCGAUGGAGCAUCUCGGCGAGACAUGCCUGGGGAAGGAGAACUGUGGGGAGGUGAUGGUAGGGGGCGGCGGUGGCGUUGGUGGCGGUGGCGGCGUGGGUAUCGUCCUGGGCGAGGCCAAGGGGCCCCCGGCCAAGCUGGCUCGCCUGGAGCAGAACGGCAGCCCGCUGGGACGAUCCCGCCUGGGCAGCGCCGGGGCCAAGCUGGCCGGAGUCGGAGUGCCCUUCAAGCCCUCCUCACACCUACUCAAGGCCUGCCAUAAGAGGGGCAACAUGCUGCCAGUGUUCUGCGUGGUGGAGCACUACGAGAGCCCCCUGGAGUUCGACAGUAAGGAGGAGCAUGCCGAGUUCGUGCUGGUCAGGAAGGACAUGCUCUUCAACCAGCUCAUAGAGAUGGCCCUGCUCUCCCUCGGCUACUCACACAGCUCCGCAGCACAGGCCAAAGGUCUGAUCCAGGUGGGCAAGUGGAACCCGGUGCCGCUGUCCUACGUGACGGACGCCCCCGACGCUACCGUGGCAGACAUGCUGCAGGACGUCUACCAUGUGGUCACACUGAAGAUCCAGUUGCACAGUUGUCCUAAACUGGAAGACUUGCCGCCCGAGCAGUGGACCCACUCUACAGUAAGAAAUGCCCUCAAGGAGUUACUCAAAGACAUGAACCAGAGCUCUUUGGCAAAAGAAUGUCCCUUAUCACAGAGUAUGAUUUCCUCCAUUGUGAACAGCACUUACUAUGCAAAUGUGUCUGCGGCGAAGUGUCAGGAAUUUGGGCGCUGGUAUAAACAUUUCAAGAAGACAAAAGAUAUGAUGGUCAUGCGCCAACCCUCCCAGCUGGAGGGCUACCUGGGGACCUGUGUCCUCCAUGACAGCCCGCGUGCCACCUCAGUAGCAGAAAUGGACGGCCUGUCGGACCUCUCCCCACCGGGCCCCAACCACAUGAGCUUCAGCCAGCAGCCCAUCCCGGGCAGCACGGCGGAGCAGUCCCCCUCGCCGGUCACCCUGCCCCACAGCGGCCAGGCCCCCGGUCGCGCCCAGCUGCCCGGCCUGCACCCGGGCCUGGUGUCCACGCCUAUCAGCCCUCAGCUGGUCAACCAGCAGCUGGUGAUGGCCCAGAUCCUCAACCAGCAGUACGCCGUCAACCGGCUGCUGGCGCAGCAGUCGCUCAGCCAGCAGUACCUGAACCACCCGCCCGUCAACCGGCAAUCGCUCAACAAGCCCAUGGACCAGCAGGUCAACUCCAACACAGAGGUGUCAGUCGAGAUCUACCAGUGGGUCCGCGACGAGCUGAAGCGCGCCGGCAUCUCCCAGGCCGUGUUCGCACGCGUGGCCUUCAACAGAACUCAGGGCCUGCUGUCUGAGAUCUUGCGUAAGGAGGAGGACCCCAAGACGGCGUCCCAGUCGCUGCUGGUCAACCUGCGCGCCAUGCAGAACUUCCUGCAGCUGCCUGAGGCCGAGCGCGACCGCAUCUACCAGGAGGAGCGCGAGAGGAGCCUCAACGCCGCCUCCGCCAUGGGCCCCGCCCCUCUCAUCAGCACCCCUCCCUCGCGGCCCGUACAGGUGGGCCUCCACACACACACACACACGGACGCACACAUUCAGCCAAGGCGAGAGGAAUGUAACAAUGUGAGACCUGAGGACUGGAACCCGAGAAUUCCAGUUGGAAUAUCUCCCGUGAGUAACUCACCGACCCACGUGGCCUAUAGGCGUGCGUAUCCCCUCCAGGUGAAGCCCUCCCCGCUGCCCAGCGAGUGGAACGGCAAGUCGGAGAGCUGCGUGCUCAACAUCAGCUCCUCCAUCUACGACGAGAUCCAGCAGGAGAUGAAGCGCGCCAAGGUGUCGCAGGCCAUGUUCGCCAAGGUGGCGGCCUCCAAGAGCCAGGGCUGGCUGUGUGAGCUGCUGCGCUGGAAGGAGGACCCGUCCCCAGAGAACCGCACGCUGUGGGAGAACCUGUCCAUGAUCCGCCGCUUCCUCAGCCUGCCGCAGGGGGAGCGCGACGCCAUCUACGAGCAGGAGAGCAACGGAGGACAACAGCAGCAGCAGCAGCAGCACCACGCGUCAGAGAGACCCACUCACCUCAUGCACCUGCCCACAGACCCACAGCAGCCUCUCCCCCAGCUGCAGCAUCCUCUGUCCCAGUCCCUAUCAUCCCAGUCCCAUCAACAACAACAGCAGCAACAACAACAACAACAACAACAACAACAACAACAACAGCAGCAACAGCAACAACAACAACAACAGCAGCAACAGACGGGCCCUAGGCUGCCCCCGCGCCAGCCCUCCACCGCCUCCCCGGCCGAGAGCGAGAGUGGCAGCGACGACGGUGGCGGCGGCCGCAAGUCCCGGCCGGCCAGCCGCAUCUCCCUGGAGGCGCUGGGCAUCCUGCAGAGCUUCAUCCAGGACGUAGGCCUGUAUCCGGACGAGGAGGCCAUCCACACGCUCUCCGCCCAGCUGGACCUGCCCAAGCAGACCAUCAUCAAGUUCUUCCAGAACCAGCGCUUCUACGUCAGCCACCCGGUCAAAAGCAAGGAGCAGCAGCAGCAGCAGCCGCCGGCGCCAGUGGCCAUCAUCGGGUUCCCCCCCCACGCCACGGUGACGUCGGCGGUGACGGCGGGGUCGGUGGCCAUGGCCGCCGCGACCGUGGCCUCCACCAACGCCAUGAACGCCCACACGGGGUCCACCUCGGGGUCCCCUCGCGGGGGCGGAGGCAGCAGCGGUGCAGGGAGCGACCAGGAGAUGACAGACUUCAAGGAGCAGGGCGGCGGGGAGCUGAUGGAUGGCAUGGAUGAAAGCACGCAGACCAGCAGCACCAUCUUCGCCAUCAAGAUGGAGGAGCACUUGGCCGCCGAGGCCCACCAGGCUGAACAGGAGGCCAAAGAGUAGAAGGCAGCGCGGCAGCACACCGCAGCUCUCAAUCCACUCUGAACCUGCCGUUCUCUUCUCUCCUGUUCCCUGCACUGUUAUUCCACAACCACCACCACCACCACCACCCCUGCUCCUGUAGAUCUGUGGUCUGAGUGUGUGAGUGUGUGGUCUGUGUGGUUGUCUCCUACUCUCUUGUUGCUCACUCCAUCUAUCCCUCUCUUUUUCCUCCCUCUCUCUCUCUCUCUCUCUCUCUCUCUGUCUCUCUCUCUCUCUCUCUCUCUUUCUAAGCAUCAUAUGGCCAACAUUGAUGGACUUGAUUGCAGAUAGACUCAGUUCACACUGCAGCGCUCUGCUUUUCCUCCAUUUUGUAAAUCCUGUAUUAUUCACUGUAAAGACUGAUGCAUCAUUGAAUAACCUGCACAAAAAAAUGAUAAAAGAGAAAAAGGAAAAAAAUCUAAGUCUGUUGCUGUGGAUAAUUGCUGACUGCACUUGAUGUCUGUUGUUUUUACACUGAUUUUGAGCUACUGAUUUACCAUUUAAAAAAAAAAAGAUUCAAUGGAGUUUGAUAGACUUUGAUAGAUGUUUACGUAUGUGGUGUUAACUGGAAUUUUUAAUCGCAUAUGAAACGGACGCAAAGAGGAGGACCAGGCCUUAAUGUUGAGGUACGGAGUCGAGCACCUGCUGACUGAUUUGUUAUUCUCUUAAAAAAAUAAAUGAAUAAAUAAACAAACAAAUAAAUAAACAACUCAGUGUGACAAAUCACUCAAACUCUGGACCCUCUGAUCUUUGGGCUCUUUGGGGAGUUUAGCUCAAUCUUAUCCUUUGUUUGGAAAGAAAAGAUAAAUAUAUUAUAUAGACAUAUAUUAAUUGUAAAAAAUAUACAGUCUUAAAGAAAAACUAUGCCAACAAAUGCCUUGUACUAUAUGGCACUGCCGAUGUUAAGAUUAUUUUGCAAACCUUUGUCACUGUACUUUUCGGAAUCUCCAUGCAGUUAAAAAGAAAUGUGAAUCACAACCUAUAUUUGUUUUUUGUUUUUAUUUCCAUGAAUUUUUCGUCCUACGUUAUUUAUUUGCUAUUCAUUCAGUGUUCUGACAAUGUAAUUAUGAUUUGAAAGGUUUCUGUUACAUAGCGCUUUUUUAUUUUACUGACUUUUUCUAUUUAUAAGUGUAAUUUUGAUGGGCAGUAAAAUCAAAAAGUGUCUUAACGUUUUAAAUGGAAAAAAAAUGUGCUUUAACGGUUGCCUAUGAAAAAAGUGCUGUAUGUCAAGCAACUCAUGCUACAAGCUUCACAAUUAAUGUUGUAUGCAAUUUUUACUCAUGCAAAUAAGCUUAGGUCAAUUACUAACUUAUAGGACACCUUAGAGACAACAACAUAUGCAAUUUGUGUGGAAAUUAAAUGUUUGCCAUGUGUCUUCCUUUGGUUAACAAUCCAAUUCAAAAAGCUAUCCCUGUACAAAAUACUCUGUAUAAAAAAGUGUUUCUUUUUUAUGAGUUUAAUGCAAUGAGAACACCAGUUAUUUUGUUACGACUGACUGUUUUAUAAGUGUUUCUCUGUUUCUUUAUGCAGAAAUGUUAUAACUAGGAGUGGUAAUUGAUUGUUAAUGACACAAUUAAACUGUUUGUAUUGUACCCCCAGAAUCUUUGCUUUCAUGUGACCCAGAUGACCCAGUUGACAGAAUGACACACUAAUGUAAACUGAUAUGUCAUGAAAAGAUGCUGUGACGGUAUAUAGUGAAUAAUAACAAUGCUUUUAUAAUUUCCCCUGAAAACAAUGUUGUUCAGACUUUCAAAUGC